AUGCUACGUUUCGAUAAAGUUGGGUUCCAAACAAAAAAGGAUCGCGAUAUUUUUGUCUACUGGGCAGAGUAUUUUUAUAUGGAAAAUGUACAAAAAACUGUACAAAAAACAGAGGAAAAUACAAUUAUUAAUUUAAAAAUUGAAAAUAUUACACCGAAAAAUGGAUGUAAUUUGGGUGUUUACCCAGCUACAAUUAAAAUUGAUGAUUUUACUAGUAUUGCCGAAAAUGAUGAAAUUAUUAAGGAAGCUAAAAAAUUGCAUGACGGAGUAAAUAUCAUUUAA